CCUUCAUCAACCUCUUCCUCUUCUCUUUUCCUUCCUUUCUAUAGGUUUCAAGCUUUUCUGUUCUUCUAGCUUCCUCUUGUAAGAUCUGAGGUUCUGUUGGUUUGAAUUAAAGGAAAUUCUGCUUAUUUUGCUCUGUUUUUGUUGGUACCUCUUCUUUGUGUGUUCCAACUCUUUUUAAGGUUUUGAUUUCUGUGUUUGGCUGCUAAAACUUGGGUUUUGGAUUCAAUACCAAAAACCCAGAUAGCCAAUCUCUGGAAAUCUCCAUUCCUCACAGCAAAAAGGUUCUUCCUUUUGCUUAGAUCUGCUAAAGAAAACUGUGUUCUUGCUUUGAAUCUUGAUGCUGAAUAUAUUGUUGUUAAUGUUUGAGAUUGAUGUCUCCAGUUCUCAGUGAAAUUCUCCGUUCCGGGUUUAUGAUCAAUUCCUCACUCAGACGCAGGACCCAUUUAGUUCAAUCGUUCUCUGUUGUGUUCCUCUACUGGUUCUAUGUGUUUUCAUAAACCAUCUUUCAUUCCUGCCUGAACUUUAUAUAAUAAUAUAGCUAUAUAUAUAGUAUUAUCUCAAAUUAGCUAAGUAUUAUUAUUAUUAUUAUUACUAGUAUUGUUCUGGGAUUUUCAAGACCUUGACUUUUCUUGAAUCUUAAUCUCUCUUUGGUGUUAAAAAUUGAAAAAGAAAAAAAAAAAAUGGCUUCCUCUAGUGGAAAUUCUUCAACCCCAACCCUAAACUCAGGGUCUGAGGGGGACUUGCAGGUUUUAAUGGAUCAAAGAAAAAGGAAAAGAAUGCAAUCCAAUCGAGAAUCAGCGAGGCGGUCCAGGAUGAGAAAACAAAAGCACUUGGAUGAUCUGAUGGGGCAAGUGACACAGCUAAGCAAGGACAAUAACCAAAUCCUCACAAGCAUAAAAAUCACCACCCAGCACUUCAUGAAUGUUGAGGCUGAGAAUUCAAUUUUGAGGGCUCAAGUGGUGGAACUGAGUCAGAGAUUAGAGUCUCUUAAUGGGAUCCUGAAUUUCAUCAACACAACAAGCAGUGUUGGUGGGGUGUACGGCACUCUUCAAAACACAACUGCUGCCUCAGCUGAUAGCUUCAUGGACCCCUUGAACUUGCUCUAUCAUAACCAACCCAUCAUGGCUUCUGCAGCAGAUAUGUUUCAUUAUUAAUCAUCACCAUCACUGUGGGCCUUAAAAGAUAGAAAAUGGGUCAAUUUUAUGGUUGCAUUUUUUUUUCUCCCCUUAUUUGGUGGUGUUUGGUCAUGCUUCGUGGUCAUAAUGAAUGGUGAGGAAAAUAGAGAGCUAUUUUAUUGUAAUCCCAAAAAAAAAUCUGUCUUAGCUUUAUUAUUAGUAGCACCUAGCUAGGAGAACUGUGCGAGAAUGGUACGGUCCUGAAUGGUGACCGGGUUCUUGGGUGUGUAGAAUUUGUAAAUGGGUCACUAUAGUUAUGUGUUAAAGGGCUUAUUAUUAUGUAUGAUGUCUCUCGCUGGACUUAUUAAUAUUUCCAUUAAUCUUCAUGAA